CACACACACACACACACACACAGACGCACACAAGGUUAGCUCCUAAUUUUAAGAAGCUGCGCAGGCAGGCGCGGACGGUGUCUUCUCUUCCCAACUUGCUUACGGAUCCUGUUUUAAAACAACUGUCGUGUUUUGCUAAUGAGAAGAAGUAGCAAAUCCAAUAAUAGGCUGCUCCUUCGCAUCUCCCUUACUUUCUUAGAUCAUCAGAAAUGGCAACUGAAGAGAAAACCGAAGGAAGCAGCUCCAGCCCCGAAUUAUCAAAGAAAUUUCCAUUCAUGUUUCUGGAAAAAAUUACGAAUUGUUUCUCCCAAAUAUUCUGUAAAGAUCCAUUUGGAACAGUUUAUAAGGGAACUCUGCCAGAUUCUAACAAAAAGAUUGCUGUGAAGAAACUUGAGCAAAGCGAAGAAAUUCCACGUGACGAUUUUGAGAAUCAGGUUCAGAGUAUUGUGGGGCUUAAACAUGAAAACAUUGUAGAGUUGGUUGGGUUCUGCAAUGAAACACACCAGAACAGUACAGAAAGGUUACUCUGCUAUGGAUUUGCUCCCGAUGAGAACCUUCAACAGCAUCUUUUUGGGACUGAAGAGACGGAGGAUUCUUCUUCGACUGAACCUAGUAACAACUGGAACACAUGCUUCAAAAUAAUCAAGGGGAUUUGCCAGGGUUUACUUUUUCUACACAAGCAGUUAGAUAAUAAUCCCAUUACCCAUAUGGAUCUUAACCUGAAAAAUAUAUGGUUGGAUAAAACAAUGGUGCCCAAAAUUGCCAAUGUUGAACUCUCCAGAAUCUUUAGCCAUGAACAGAUCACAAAGGAAUCAUGUGGAUACAUGGCUCCAGAAUAUAUAAACGACACUCGCAAUGCCAUGUCAUUUCAAACAGACAUAUAUAGUUUAGGUGUAAUGAUAAUACAAAUCACCACAGGGGAGAAGAGUCGUGGCAAAAUGGAGGACCGUGCCUCAAGGAGUUACAUUGAUAAAAUACGUAGAAAGUGGACAGCAGAACACAUAGCAUCCAAGUACUCAUCGUUGGAUUCAGAAUGCCUCCAUCAAGUACAUGCAUGCAUAAAAACUGGGCUAGAAUGUGUGCAGAUUGAUCAGAAAAAUAGGCCUUCCAUAGAGGAAAUUGUUGACAGGCUCAACACAAUCUGAAAGGCAGAUGAGCUAUGGAAGCAGAGUGACACAUGUUUUGAGAUGAUGUAAUUUCACAAAGAUGCGGAGAAGACGCUUGGUAGUCUUUUUGAAGGCCAUGUUUGACAAAUCCAUUGUUGAAUAUACUCUUGUGUAUAUUCAAUCUGUACCGGUAUAUUCCCUAAAAACACAAACAUGUCAUGUUCAAUUAUGUUUGUAUCAUUUUA